GUUUUUGGGGUGAUGUGGGGGCGAUUUGGGGUGAAGGGGGGAAGGCAGCACCCAGAAGCACCCACUGUAGGCCAAAAAGGUGCUUUAACACGUGACAACACGUGACAACAUACGUGACCGCCUGCCCCGACACGUGACCACACGCCACGACAUCACGUGACAACGCCCACAAACACCCCUAAAAUCACAUAGGGACACCCAGAACCCGACACACGGCUUCGACACGCGAUCACACGUGAUCAUAUGUGACAACACGUGAGCUCACGUGUCAACACGCGUGAUGGCAGAUCACAGUCGUGUGUCUCAGUACACGUGAACACCCACAAACACGCCCCAGAGACCCAAGAUGGCGCCUGGGAGCCGACACGUGACUUCAACACGUGACCACACGUGACAACAUACAUGACCGCCUGCCCUGACACAUGACCACACGCCACAACAUCACGUGACAGCACCCACAAACACCCCUAAAAUCACAUAGGGACACCCAGAACACGACACACGGCUUCGACACGUGAUCACACGUGAUCACAUGUGAGAUCACAUGAGCUCACGUGUCAACACGCGUGAUGGCAGAUCACAGUCGUGUGUCUCAGUACACGUGAACACCCACAAACACGCCCCAGAGACCCAAGAUGGCGCCUGGGAGCCGACACAUGACUUCGACACGUGACCACACGCGACCACACGUGACAACAUACGUGACCGCCUGCCCCGACAUGCGACCAGACGCCGUGACAUCACGCCACGACACGUGACAGCACCCACAAACACCCCUAAAAUCACAUAGGAACACCCAAAAAACCGACACACGGCUUCGACACGUGAUCACAUGUGACAACAUGUGAGCUCACGUGUCAACACGCGUGAUGGCAGAUCACAGUCGUGUGUCUCAGUACACGUGAACACCCACAAACACGCCCCAGAGACCCAAGAUGGCGCCUGGGAGCCGACACGUGACUUCAACACGUGACCACACGUGACAACAUACAUGACCGCCUGCCCCGACACGUGACCACACGCCACGACAUCACAUGACAACACCCACAAACACCCCCCAAAACCCCGUGACGGCACCCGGGGGGGCGACACACCACCCCAGCACGCCAGAACACACCACAACACGCCACAACACGCCAGCACACGCGUGUUCCCCGCAGGUGAUCGCCUUCUCGCGCCGCCGCUACCGGAUUUUUGGGGAAACUUUGGACAUUGCAGUUGGGAACUGCUUGGAUCGCGUGGCUCGGCUCCUCCAGAUCUCCAACGAUCCCAGCCCGGGUUACAACGUGGAGCAGAUGGCUAAGAGGGGAACACGGCUGCUGGAGCUGCCCUACGUGGUGAAGGGGAUGGACGUGUCCUUUUCGGGGCUGCUGUCGCACAUCGAGGUGAGCGCUGGCCCUUUAAGAGUCCCCAGGACCCCAUAAGGACCCCCUGACCCCAUAGGAUCCCAUAAGGACCCCCUGACCCCAUAGGAACCUCAGU